AUGUGUGUGUGUGUGGGGGUUUGUGUUCGGGGCUGGCCGGCGGUACUGCGUGCUGCUGUUGGUUUUCUGCUCUCCAGUUUGCUGCGAGCUGCUGACGAUGAUCUCGGCGAAGCCUCGUCAGGCUCACCGAGUCGCGCACAGGUGUGCUUCUGGACGGGUGCGGAUGGACCGACGGAGCCUAGCCAGGCUACCGAACGUCGGCUGGUGUUCGACCACUACGGGCUUGGUGGGAACCAAAGGGGGUGCUUUACCUCGCGGACCGAGGACGGCGGUCUGCGGGCGCCACGUCAGGACACGGGGUCAACGAGACCUUCUGGGUCGCUCAUCUCCCUGCACUUGAACAAAGAGUUCAUCGAUCACUCGAUCUUCGACAUAUUCGAUACUUCUAACAGGUUCAAAUCCGCUGCUGUUCAGUUCAACUUCCAUCCUUGUACGAGCGGGAGUUUGCUGCGAGCUGCUGACGAUGAUCUCAGCGAAGCCUCGUCAGGCUCACCGAGUCGCGCACAGGUGUGCUUCUGGACGGGUGCGGAUGGACCGACGGAGCCUAGCCAGGCUACCGAACGUCGGCUGGUGUUCGACCACUACGGGCUUGGUGGGAACCAAAGGGGGUGCUUUACCUCGCGGACCGAGGACGGCGGUCUGCGGGCGCCACACCAGCAGGAAGCCGACGUUGAACGCAAGGGAACCGACUGUGCCCCCCCACAAUCAUCCGGGUCAACGCGCCGGACAGAACAACAAUCUGCGAGCUGGUUCGUGGGGGCUGCACGUGAGGGAACGCGCCGGAGAGGUCAACAACAACCUGCUUGUGCGAGGCUGAACGCGCACACCACCAUCUUGUUACAUCGCCGGAGUCAAACACCCGGUCGAGCGUUGCAUCGGCGAGGCAGAAGCACCCGUACUCAGCCAACGACCAUUUCGAACGACCAGCAGGAAGCCGACGUUAAACGCAAGGGAACCGACGUUGAACGCAAGGGAACCGACUGUGCCCGCCCACAAUCAUCCGGGUCGACGCGCCGGACAGAACAACAAUCUGCGAGCUGGUUCGUGGGGGCUGCACGUGAGGGAACGCGCCGGAGAGGUCAACAACAACCUGCUUGUGCGAGGCUGAACGCGCACACCACCAUCUUGUUACAUCGCCGGAGUCAAACACCCGGUCGAGCGAGCGUGUCGAGCUGGUUCGUGGAGGCUGAUCGUGAGGGAACGCUCCGGAGAGGUCAACAACAACCUGCUUGUGCUAGCUCCGCGAGGCUGAACGCGCACACCACCAUCUUGUUACAUCGCCGGAGUCACCCGGUCGAGCGUUGCAUCGGCGAGGCAGAAGCACCCGUACCCAGCCAACGACCAUUUCGAACGUUCCAGACCAGCAGGAAGCCGACGUUGAACGCACGGGAACCGACUGUGCCCGCCCACAAUCAUCCGGGUCGACGCGCCUGACAGAACAACAAUCUGCGAGCUGGUUCGUGGAGGCUGCACGUGAGGGAACGCGCCGGAGAGGUCAACAACAACCUGCUUGUGCGAGGCUGAACGCGCACACCACCAUCUUGUUACAUCGCCGGAGUCAAACACCCGGUCGAGCGUUGCAUCGGCGAGGCAGAAGCACCCGUACUCAGCCAGGAAAUUGAACUCGUCCCUAUUCAGCCUACAACCAACUUGCUCACCGUUCACCGUUCUAAUCUUCCCAGCUGUCGUAAUUCGACUGGUUUGAAGAACUUGGACUCCUGGCGCAAAGGGCAACG